AGAAAGCUUGCAAAUUAAACCUUUUAGAUGAAAUAAUGUGGUGGCUCUUAUAGCCAGUCAUUAAGGUACCCUUGACACUGUGAAAAGGGAUGAGGAGUGAGAAAAUGCCCUGAAUUGGAGAGAUGAAUUCAGCAGCAUGGUUUGGAUCCAUUAAGGAACUGGGAUGCUCACUUGCUUGCUGCCUUCCUAGAAAUGCACUUCAAAAAGAAUUCUGCUAUGAGAAAACUGUCCUCUAAAAGCUUAUAUGAAGAGAAACACAGCCUUGAUAUUUAUCAGGACACUGGAGGUAGGAAGAGGCACACAGUCUGGAAAUACAUUUCCAGGACUGAGGGUACAGAGUCUGCCCACAGCAUCCCUCUUGCCUGUCUCUCUCUCAGCCAAGACUGUCCCGACGACAGCCAUCUGGACCAGCUCUCUACAAAGCCUUCCUGCCUCCCCUACCAGUGGCACGCCCAGCAACUCGGUGCUUCCUGUCACAGCAUCAUCAGUGCAGACAUCUCCCCUCCCCAAGAACGUUUCCACAGAACCCACAGAAGAGGAGGCCACCACUGCAGUCUCAAAACAGGCAGUCACAGACACGCACUCCUCGCCCACAACCAGUGGAAUCCAGUUAACACACACGCCAGUGGAGCACAGCCCUAGCACGCCCGAGCCCAGCGUGCCAACUACCAGGCCACCAUCCUCUGUGACGUCCCCCACACUCACCAUCUCUCAGGCUCCAGCCUCUUCACCCUCACCCCUAUCAACCACACCACCAGAGGCAUCCUCUGUCUCAAUCAGCACCAACCACAGCUCUGCUGAGAACAGCACCCAGCCCACAGGAGCCCCAACUCCACCGAAGUCCACAGCAGAGGAGCACAGUUCUGACCACAUAACCUACACACCUGCCUCAGCUGAGCCAGUGCCUGCAGAGACAACACACCCAGCCACCGUGUCAACUGUAGUGACCUGCAGGCUGAAAGAGGUCGAGAUCACUACGGCCUCCCCUGGGGUGAUCAUGCAGGAAGUGGAGCAUGCACUGAGUUCAGGCAGCAUCGCCGCCAUCACGGUAGCCGUCAUCGCUGUGGUGCUGUUGGUGUUUGGAGUCGCAGCGUACCUGAAGAUCAGGCACUCCUCCUACGGAAGGCUUUUGGAUGACCACGACUAUGGGUCCUGGGGCAACUACAACAAUCCUCUGUAUGAUGACUCCUAACAAAGGAACAUGGCCUGAGAGGAGGAAUAACUAUUCUUUAUUUAUAAGUGCUUACCCAGUAGAAUUAAUUACAAGUACCUGAUGCCCACUGAGCGACAAUCUUAAGCCCUGUUUCGUUGGUAUGAUUGUUUCGUUUUCCUCCCUCUCCUCUGGCUGCUGUAACUCCCCCUCCCUGGUACAAAAAGAAUCAUUAUUUCAAGGUAUGUGAAGACUGAUUUGCAGAUGAAAUGGGCCAACCUUGGGCAGGUCAGGCCAGACCACCAUGCUGGAGGCUUCUGUUCCCACCACCUGACCCACUUGGAGAAGGACUGAGGAAGAGGAACUGAGUUGUUUUGUCAGGGGUUACUUUUAAGGGACCUUUUUGUUUGUGGCAUUUCUUAAACUUUUAUUUAGGAAGUUACUUUAACUGUCAAUGAGGUGAAAGGAAAUGAGGACAGGGAGGAUUCCGCCCUGCAUGUGUGGGAGCAGAGGUUUCUCAGAUUCCUUUUAUCUCUGAUUAUCUGGCUGUCUGACAGGGCAGCUGCUAGGCUCAACACACUGCAUACCAGCUCCUGAGCUGCCUAAUUAAUGAAAGAGGAAAAUAGAAGGUGCCCUGGAGGAGGUCAGCAGGCCAAGGAGCAAAGUCUCCUACCUUUUCCCCCUCUAGAUCACUGUUAUUUGCUAAAGAUGCCCUGGCAGCCACUGCAGCUAUGUCCCCAGCCCACAAGCUUUCAGCGGCAUUGCCAUUCCACAGAAGGCUAAGAGGUGAGCUCAGUAGUAGAGAGAAAGGAAGAGACAUGUGGCUUGAGUAUCCAGUGCGGGGAGUGCAGGAGGGUGGAAGCAAUGAGCAGAGGGGAGCACUGAGCACCUGUUAGGGAAUGUGGGAAUCAGCCCUCAAUAAUAGUCAGAGACAUCCACGGCUGGCGGAGCCCACAGAAUCCUUGCUGUGUACCCAUAAAUCUGGUUGGCUGCCUUAUUGCCUGUUGGGUAAUGGCUGUAAACUGUUUUUAAAAGAAAAAUGUAAAGGCACUAGUCUGUCUGCAGUUGUUCUGAGAGGCAUUUCCACAAGAAAAGACACCACGAUUAAUCCAUUGAUUUUUCUUAUAUGCUUCCCUUAUUAAUUCUCCCUUUUAGUAAAUGGACUCUCCAGGGUAAAUGAAGCUCUGUGCUAUGAGUUUAGAAAAAGAACUGGUCAUCUUCACCGACAUCUGUUUAUGACAAUGGUUUUCAGUCAGCAGGCUAUUUUUCCCCCAAAGGAUACCAUGUAACAGUGGUCACAUUGUUACAAUUUGGGGGUAUCCCAGCUUGGUGGGUAGAGGCUAGUCCACCACCUCAUGAAUUCUCUGGCCCAAGUCAAUAGUGCUGAAUUUGAGAAACCCUAAUUUAUUGCAAUGUCCAUUGUGACGGAACAAGAUAUUCACAGACUAAUAACAUUUUUCAUUUUGAAUGAAAUCAAAUUAUUUGUUAAACGUUUAUUUCAAAAUAUUGACUGAUGGGUUGUUUUGGGCAUGAUUGCCUUUUUAUUUGUAUGUAUGUUCUACAAAGCUAUACUUCUGUCUUAUAAUACCUGCUAUUAGCAACCAGCAUUAAAUGUGAUAAUUUCAUGUGGCAAAAACAUGUGCUGGGUCCUGUUUCAGAAUCUAUUAUGUGGUCCUACAAUGUCAUAAAGAACCUGAAACUGGAUCAGUUUAUAUUUCUAAACUUGGACCUGCUGCCAUGACUCUGUUUAGUUUACAGAAACUUGACUCUCAGCUCAUCCCAUCCCCUCUGUAGGCCAGCAAAGCACUGACAUGGGCACCACCACCCAUGCUGUUCUAGCCCUCUGGGUCAGAGGCCCGAGACUCAAGUCACUUCCACAAUGUGUCAUCCAACACCCUGAAAGAAAUCAUUCCAAAACUCCUUAGCUCCCAAAGGAGCAAUCCCCAAAAAUAUUUUUCAACAGGAGUUGGUAAAAUCAGAAUUCUGAUAAUUAAAAAAAAACAAGAAAGUAGACGUGUCCAGAAAAAUGGCCAGGAUAACCUCUGGCCAUGUAUGGCUUGAAUAAUUUUUCCUCUUUCCUACCAUCUUCCUCCCCUUCCUAGGUUUUCAGUUUAGCACAGGACUAUACUAUUCAAUAAAAACAGAACAUUCCAUAUUUUUUUUUCUCCCUCUACCAAAAACAUUUCAACAAGCCAUCCAUGAUGCACCUUUGGAGAGGUGCACUUCUGGAUGUUGCUUCAGUCAUGGGUCAAGGGACUAACCACUUCCCAGGGAACCCUGACUGACUGUAAGCCUCAGACUCAGCAAGCAAGAUGGGUUUGUUUGCUAGUAAUAAUUUCCAAAUCCUGUGACAAAGAGAGGCUCUGGACCUAAUGUAGAUUUAGGCAGCAAGUUGACAGCUUUUAUAAAAACUCAAGCACUCUUCGUUAUGUUAGUAUACAUACCUGUAGGCUGAACCUCAUUUUACCCAAUGCAUUUUUUUUUUAAUUUUUGAGUUGGCCAAAGGAUUUUAGCACCUGAAUUCAAUCAAUAAACACUGCCUAACAAACGCAUGCACACACAUUUGAAAUGUAUGCUGGUAAUGGACGUCCUUUACCUCAGGGAAGUCUGUUCGGGUCUACCCAAGGAAAGACUCCAGUAGAUCUAAACAACACAUACCAUCCAGGGACAGGACUUGCCAUGAAGAGAGAAUGUCAGAGCAGGAGGAGGCAAGCAGCUUCUUCCAGAGCAUAGAUAGCAAAUAAUGAGCGUGGGGUUCAACUGUUUUUCCCAUGGCAGCAAUGAAGUCUCCUGCCCUCCCUGGACAUCUGUGUCUUUAUUUCUUAAAUGGGGGUGAUGCUUUCAUACAGUCCUCACCCCAUGCUACCUCACAAGUAUGUUGUGAGGAUUAAUGAAAUCAUGUCUACAGUGUUUUCAGUUCCUGGAGAAAAAUAUUUUAAGUAUUUUAAGUAUUAGUUAGAUGUAUAAGUGAUCUCAGUUUCCUGUUGGUUGUUAUACUGGUGUGUAGUUUUUACUUAAAUCUAUAGAAUACCAGUUGUGUCAGAGUCACUCACAGCUGUUACACCCCAGUCUGCCCCCCAGUGCAGCUGACUGACCACAGGGUUAACCAUGCCUGGUUUCCACAAAGACAAUUUCCAUCUCCAAAUGAAAGGAUGGCCCUGGGCAAAGGUCUCACUGAUAAUUAAGUAGGAGCCAGGAGUUUAGGGUAACACAGUGUGGAUACCCGAGCACUAACAGAAGUAGACCUCUGGCCUUUACCAUCCUGAACUAUUGGGGACCCUUUGUGGAGUCGAUUUGAGUUUGAUGUCAUCUGUUUGUCCUUCAUAUUGAUUACAAGGGUGCAUGGUUCAACCCCUCGCAUCUGGGAAAUGAAUCUUGCAAGUGGGCCAGAUGCUAAUUUGCACGUUGAUUCACCUUCUUUGCCUUUAACCUCUUUUUGGCAAAUGAAUGUACCAUUUCAACUUUGAUUUUAAAGUGCUAGUUGAUAUUGGUGAUAGUGCUAACCAAGAGAUCAAUGCCAGAUUGCUUUCUUGGGGUGAGUUAGCCAACAUCAUUUAAAUAUGGAAAGAUGUGCAACUUCUUUGCAAUUUAAUGUUGUUGUACCUACAUUUGUUGUAAGACAUAUUGCAUACUGAUAAUUAUAUCAAUUAAAGUUGUUAAAAGCUUGCAUCUAACAGUGGUGAUUCACA